UUGCACUCUUUCCAGCUGGCUCAUGCAAAUCACGCAUAUGCAAAUGCUUUACCUCCAUUUCAAGGAAACAUACUCGUUUAAAAGCACGUAGAAGACAUUUCAGCAAAACACUCUUGAAAAUUCUGCAAAUAAUCGACUCUGUUUCAGGCAUCAGCCAUGUCAAAUGCACGAUCAUCAUCAACAUCAAGGCCAUCAUCAGGGUCAUCACCUAGUCAUGGUAAAAGUAGCAGCGUGGCCGUGACAGCACUUGACGGAGUCAUAAACGUAAACUCUCUCUUUACCUUAGCCAUUUUCGUGGGCCUAUCAUUUGCAUCUCCCGGUAAAAAAAGUACUCUCAACAGCCACCAAAGUUGUCAGCCCGGAAUCUUAACCUUGAAACAUCUCGUAAUCUUCGAAGUUCUUUCUUUCAGUUUCUUCCUUCUCUCUUCACUCGUUGCACAGGCACUAAAGCUCUCUCUCAGCCUUCUCAGCAGUGCAGAACUCGCUGACGGAUUCAGUGUUCACGUUAACCGCACACUUUUGAGGACGGGAAUGCUAAUCACUGCUAUUUCCUCAGUAAUGGGUUGCUUGUUUCUGAUGGUUUCAAUGUUGAAUGUGAUUGAGAUUAAGCUGGGGUUGUUGUCAUGUGGAGCUAAAUCUACUAUACUUGCAGUGACUUCGUUAGUGAUUUUAGUCGUAUCAGGUCUUUUGGUUUAUAUUUUUGCUGCUUGGUAUGCAUUUACUCAUGCUACUAUUCACCAUCCAAAGGAACCAGAUAGUUCCUAGUCUGUUUAAUUGGAUGUUUGUGAAUUGUGAUUGUUUCUGCUUUUUCUUUUUUCCACAACAAAUAACGGUAAAGAAGUUUGAUCCUUACUAUUGAGUCUUGUUUGAGUUUAUCCUUGGUCCGUAUGUAUAGUAGUUGGAGUUUUGUAUUAUUCUUUAUAAUAAUUGAUUAUCUUAAGAUUUCAAUUUGUUGC